AACCAGUGUGGACGGCUAUUGAUGACAUUGACAGCUGUCACAAUUUACAUUGUUUUUUUUUCAGAUUUUAGUAAAUAAUAUUUUACUGUAAAUUUAUUAAAAAAUGCAAGUAUUAGUAUACUAUAUAAUAAAUAGUCUAACGUAAUGUAAUGCCAGUAUCAAUGCAUCGUUAGUAAUUUAUAAUAAUUCAUUCCACUGCUAUUUAUUUUCUGUGUAUUUCAUUUGUGCGGACAAAACGGUAAAAUGAGUACAGUACAUUGACGUUACUAUACGCCUUUGUUGAUAAUAUUUAUUCAAAGCUACACAAACGCGUAUGCCUUAAGUAUUAUCUAUGACAUACGCUAUCCGGUCGAGAGUUAAAGAAGUAGGCAGUCGUGUCCAUUUCCACUACACAGGUGAAAGUUACCAUAAAUGUCGCUUGCAAAUUUAUCAAGAAAUGUCUCCAUAAGUGUGAAUGACCUAUAUAACUUACGAAAAUAAUUCAAAGAAACUGUCUAAAGUACAUUAAUUUUGUAAUGUGAAGUUACAGUAGUUUAUAAAAAUAAUAUAAACUAACUAGUGAGUGAAAAUGGCAUUAAAAGUUGAAGAAAAAAAUGAUCUUCAUUUCAUACUCAAAAGUUUGUUGGCUGGAGGAAUUGCUGGUAUGUGUUCGAAGACAACAGUUGCUCCUCUGGACCGUAUAAAAAUUCUGCUACAAGCGCAGUCAUCACACUAUAAACACCAUGGAGUGCUUGGUGGCCUGACAGCAAUAGUUCAAAAAGAGUCCCUCCUUGCUUUGUAUAAGGGGAAUGGUGCUCAGAUGGUCAGAAUAUUUCCUUAUGCUGCUACACAGUUCACAAGUUUUGAAAUAUACAAAAAGUACUUAACCGGCGUCCACAUACCCCUGGUGCAGCACGGGGAUAAGUUCAUAGCGGGCGCGGGUGCGGGAGUGACUGCGGUCACGCUCACAUACCCGCUGGACACGAUACGGGCGAGACUCGCCUUCCAGAUCACCGGCGAACAUCGGUACACGGGCAUAGCGCACGCCGCCGCCACCAUGUUCCGCUCGGAGGGUGGUAUCCGAGCGUUGUACCGCGGCUUUGUGCCGACUAUGAUGGGCAUGGUCCCCUACGCGGGCUUCAGCUUCUAUUGCUUCGAGUCGCUCAAGUUCUUCUGCAUGAAGUACCUGCCCAACACGUUAUGUCGCAAAUGCGAUAGGAAUACAGGCGGGCUGGUGUUGACCGUGUGGGGUAAGUUGUUGUGCGGCGGUCUCGCGGGCGCGGUGGCGCAGUCCGUAUCGUACCCGCUGGACGUGACGCGCCGCCGCAUGCAGCUCGCGUGCAUGGACCCGCACACGGCCAAGUUCGGGUCAGUUCUAGCUCUACAUGAGUCGUUAUCUAUUUUUUUUAAAAUCACAUAACGUAACCGCUAUCAGAUCGCCAAUCACCGAUAUCAAAACUGUCUAUUUUUGAUAACUAGCUAUUUCUACAACGCUACAAAGUCAAAGCGAAUUUUACUCUUAUAUAAAUGUGAUAAAGCUCAAUUUUGGGUUGGUUACUUAAUCACUCCGAAAACCGAGCAACGCGGAACUUACAAACAUAUACCUAUUUCAUUCACACGUAUACUGACAUUGUUGUUGUUUCAUUCAAACAUAACAGGUUGCAUUGUUUGCGAUCCAUAGUAUUUAAACGCUUAACAUUACGUGU